AUGGCUGUCGAAGACGACGAACUUCUCGCCCUAGCUGGUGGUGACUCCUCGGACGAAGAAGAGAUACCACAGCAACCAUCCACCAAUAGAAAUGCUAACUCCCCACUCCCUUCGAUUGAGGUGUCACAGGCUCCAAACAGCAAGCCUGCAGGAAGCAAACCUCGUGCCUCGCCUGCAUUUCGAGGGGGCAGUUCAACCAAAACCAAAAAGUCUCGCAGAAACGAUUCGGAAGAGGAAGGCGAGGCCUCAUCCGAUGCUGGCUCGCCAGACUCCUUGCAAUCUGCACCUAUGUCUGAAUCCGAUUCAGAACUUUCUGCCGCCGCAGACGGACUCUCUGAUGAUAAUCCCUUUCCGCUGGAGGGCAAAUUCCUUUCUGAAGGCGACAGAAAGAAGCUGUUGGCUCUACCUGAAAUCGAGCGCGAAUCUAUCCUAGCAGAGCGUGAACACAUCAAAGAGCGGAAGAAGCAAGACCAACAGCUUCGUACCUUGCUGAAAGCUAAAUUGGAAGGCGAAAGCAAACCUUCAAAGCGUAAAGCUGAUCCAGAUCUUGAGGAGAGCCCGCGAAAGAGUACACGACAGAAAACAACGCUUGGCGGACGUAAAGUCGGGGAAGCAUCGAAGACUAUUGAGGCUUACAAGCGUCAGCGAGAAGAAAAGGGCUUGAAAACGCAACAGCGGAAGGCUGGUGCUCUCGCAACGCAGGAGCGUCGGGCUCGGAGCUCCAGUAAUGGGCGAUAUCCAAGUGCUGAUGCCGAUGGAGAGAGUGAGGUUGAAUGGGACACUGGAAAGUCGAAAGCAGAUGAGGAACGUUUUCGGAACGCCCAGCCAGCUGACUUCAACGAUUUUCGCCGGACUACGCUGACGCGGAAUUUUCUUGCCGAGUUUUGUUUCCACCCUGGAUUUGCUGAGAAGAUCAGAGAGUGCUAUGUACGCCUACCUCAGAAAUCAGCCCCUGGGAUCCCCUCAAAUGGUUAUCAAUUGGUGCAGAUCAAGAACGUCUUCGACAAAGAAGGGUGGCCGUAUGCGAUGAUGAAGAACAGUGGCAAGAGAUUCGUCACCAACCAGCAUCUCAUGCUUGCCGUGGAGGGGACUCAGAAAGAAUUUCAUAUGAACAGCAUAUCAAAUUCAACAGUCACCGAGGUGGAAGUCGCCAAUCACAAGAACAACCUUGCCAACGAAGGCAAACCCAUUCCUUCGCGACCGUACCUCGACCAUAAGAUUGACGAUAUCAACAGCCUUAUUCACCACCAAUUCACAGACGACGAGCUUCAGCACAAGUUAGAGCGUUCUGGAGUCCUCUCAUCUAAAGCUGCUUCUUUCGAAAAGGUCGCCAUCUUGAAUCGGCGCCGCGCAGCCGAGGAACACGCGGACGAAGCCGCCGUCGCCAAAUGCGACGCCGAGCUUACUGAACUCACGGGUCCACGGCUCAGAUACGGCACCAGUCUCGAUAAUCCCAAACCCGUCGUCGCAGCCCCCGCACUGCCCUCCCAACAAGACUUAAUGGCCGAAUUGAACCGCCAAAACCGUAAAAAGAACGCCGAAGACAUCCGCAAAGCGCAACUCGCAGAAAAGCGCGCCGCUCGCUUAGCACGCGAGGCAGUCGCGCGGGGCGAAGCAGUGGAAGACCCUUUCGCUCGCGUCAAGACUACAGCAAGAACACACUAUGAUGUCAACGAAACGCUGGCGCCGCAUAGGGUCAAGGAGGUGAAUAGGAGCCGGUCCGGCACUCCUGCGGGGUUGCUCACGCCUAAGAUUGAAGCGAGGAAGGUGACGAGGAGUCCGGAGGUCAAGCCGCAGAGCGUGGUCAGGAAGGGGUUGCCGGUGUUGGGGAGUAGAAAUAUGGAUGAUGAGAUCAUUGGGGCGCUGGAUAUGGGAAUUGAUAUUGAGAUCUAG